AUGGCUAUGAAUCGUAUUCCCGGCCAGAACAUCUAUAUUGGAGGUAUUUUCUCCCUUAAAAACAGGGCAGCAUUGGAAAGAGCAAACAUUACCCAUGUACUUUCGGUAUUACGCCUGCAACCACAAGAAGAGACAUUUGCAGGCUUCCAACAUCAUCGCAUCGAUGUGGACGAUGUCGAGGAUGAGAACCUCCUAGAACAUUUCCCGUCCGCCAUUAAGUUCAUCCAGUCUGGAUUGGAUGCUGGUGGGGGCGUCCUGGUCCAUUGUGCGAUGGGAAAAUCCCGUUCAGCCACCAUAUGUAUCGCUUAUAUGCUCCACCAACAGCCAAGCACACUGACGCCGCAGUCCGCUCUUGCUAUUAUUAAGGAGAGCCGGCCACUUUGCGAGCCAAAUGAUGGGUUCAUGAAACAGCUGUCGAUCUACCACGAAAUGGGUUGUCCAGACGAUGUGAUCAGCCAUCCGCUGUAUAGCCGUUGGCUUUACCGCCGCGAAGUUGAGGAAAGUGUAGCAUGUGGGCGCGCGCCGGAGAUGAAUUCCGUGCUAUUUGAAGACGAACAGCCUCACAAACCCCAAGACAAUACGGAUCGAACAACGGAAAUUAAAUGUCGGAAAUGCAGGCGAAACUUGGCGACCACGCCAUUCAUCAUACCACAUGGCCCGCAGAACGGUGCAAAGGGACCAACCGAUUGCGCCCACAUUUUCUUACAUCCUUUGACGUGGAUGCGCCCGUGCCUUUUCCCUAACGGUGAAGAAGAUGGAUCACCGUCUGGGGAUGCGCCCUUGUCUGGUCGCUUGACCUGCCCGAACACUUCGUGUGGUUCCAAUAUCGGGAAGUUUGCAUGGCAGGGUAUGCAAUGUAGCUGCGGCGACUGGGUAGUUCCUGCAAUCGGCCUUGCGAAGGCUCGAAUCGAUAUGUCCCAACGUGUCAAUGUGGGAAGAUUACCUCCAGCUGCCCUAGGCAUCCGACUGCCGCCUAGUAUGAGGCGUAAUCCUGCGGAGGAUUCCACAAAUGGACGGGGCAAUCUCUAAGUUUACUACUGUGACUGCGCCUCAGGGGCGACUGACAUGGCGGAUACUUUGCGGAUAAUUACCAUUGCCGCUUGAAUACACAUAAUUCCGUCUCUGACAGCCAGCGUUAGAAUGUUCACAUCACGUGAUGCGGUAGGGUCUGGCUUACAGAUCACCGUGAAGACGAGAUGUUGUGCGCCUUCGUCUACUUGGCCAUAUCCAACUAUUUGCCCAACGCGGUGUAGAGAAAACGGCAACUACAACUUUGGGUUAAAUAGGGUUGGGUCUUGCGUGGACGCGUUGCCACAACUUGCCAGAAAUACGGAAUUUCGGAUCUUCAUGGAUCCACCACACCGACGGGGAGAUGACGGAUGAAGAAAAGCAUACAUGAACAGGUACUUGGCUACCACAAGACUUGGGUCUAGGCACGCAGAGUCGAGUCUUGGUGCGA